CAGGCCUACGCGCAGGCGUCGGUCCACUUCCCCUCGUGGUUCCCGGACAGCUCGGACCGGCACGAGCCGCGGUGGGCGGCCGAGGAGCCCGCGAGCCCUGCGGCGGCCUGGCCCGCGCCCCGCCCCCCCGCGCACGGCGCGGCCACGCCGGCGGCGGGCCUGCCGCUGCGGGCGGUGCCGGCCCGCCCCGGCUGGAACGAGGCGUGCCGGGCGGACGAGGAUUUCGACGUGGUGACCAACAGCUGGGGAGAGAUCGGGGUGGAAGUGGUCGCCGCCGAGGGCCCCAUCUCUGACGCGAAGGAGGACGCGCCCGGCAGCCCCGCGGUGGCGACGCCCUCGACCUGCCCCGGGCCAGACCCGGGCCCGCGGCCGGCCGAGGCAGCCCGCGCGGAGGCCUGGCACAGGGGCGGCCCCCCCGGCUCGAAGCUCUUCAUCGGCGGGAUCACCCCCCAGACCACGAGCGAGGACCUCCAGCGCCACUUCGCCGAGCACGGCCACGUCCUGGACGCCGUGGCGAUGAAGGGCAGGGACCACCCUCGCGGCUUCGGCUUCGUCACCUUCGCGUCCCCCGACGCGGCCGCCCGGGCGGCGCUUGCCGAGAACUGGCUCGACGGGCGCCUGCUCGACGUGAAGUGGGCGGUGCCGCGGAGCAUAAUGCAGGGCGCGAGGUCUCCCUGCGGGCUGCCCAGCGGGAUCCCGUCGCGGCAGUGGCGCCCCGAGGGUCCCGCGGCGCCCGCCGCCGCCGCACAGGCAGCGGGCGGGCCAGCGAGGGCCGGGGCCCGCGCCCCUGAGGCCCUCGGAGGAGCUCUCGCGCCCGCUGCGGCGGCUGCCCUUGUGGAGGCGGCCGUGCGCGGCGCGAUCCGUGCCAACGCGCCGCGGCGCACGGCUGCGGCCGUGGCCCGCUCGGCGGUCUCGGCGGCGCUCUUCGCGCUGUCGGGGCCUGCCGGUCCGCCCGCGGCCGAGGCGGCUCCGGAGGUCAUGGAGGACUUCAAGGACAAGCCGAAGACGACGGAGGCGAAGCUGGAGCGGAGGCGGCGCCGCCGCCGCCGCCUGGCGGAGUGGCGCGCUGCUGGGCGCGCUGUGCUGCCUGCCGCUGAUGUCGGAGUCGGUGGGCCCACGGAGGACGACGACGGGAUGUCGUUGGACGACGAGUGGGCCGACGCGCUGCCGCCGCGGGUGGCGCGCAGGAGGCAGCGGCGGCCCGCGCCCGACCACACCGCGGUGGUGGAGGGUGCAGGUGUUGCGGUGCCGAGCGCGGCGGCGGUGCCUGGUGCGCCCGGCGGGGCUGCUGCUGCUGGCGCCGACGCCGUGUGCGACGAGGAGGCCGACGCGAGGUCGGUGCCGAGCUUGUCGCGGGGUUUCUGGAAGGAGCCGCGCGAUCGCACCGUCGACCCGCCCGUCUUCGCAAACAGGGUGCGACUCGACGCCCUGCCGCUCCUGAGUCGUGACCUUCCCCUCCGCGGCCGCCACUUGCUGCUUGCAGUCUGUGAGGCUCGCGAGAGGCUCGCGAACUCCCUCGCGAGCAGUGCCUCCAGGUGUCCUUCGAGGCAUCGCAGCGCCGGCUGGUUGCUCAUCGCGGAGGUGGGCUCGCCAGAGCAGCCAGCUGAGGGCGGCGUCUUCGCCCGCUACUUCAGCGACGAAGGCGACGCGCGGGAACCGCCGCCGCCCAUCUUCGUGGGCGUGAAGCGCUACGCGCUGGACGUGCUCUUCCUGGACGACCUGCUGGAGUUGUCCAAGAGGGUCUCGAAGGGCGACCUGGCUCUGACCACUCUGGACCAGCUGCGCCAGAGCACUGGGGUGCCGCUUUCCGACGCGGGCGUGGCGGCGCUCGGCCAGGGCCAGGAGGCCUUCGGGAAGGCGGUCCUCAGUGCGCAGCGCCGAGGCGUGGCCAUGGGCGAGGCGGAGACCACGGAGGCCGAGUUCUGGCGCAUCAACGCCGAGGGCGGCGGCGGCGCUGGCCGCCAGGGCGGCUGGGUGAAGCCGCAGCUGCAGAAGGGCUUCGAGACGCUGGUCGUGGAGCUGGUGCGGGCGCUGGGCUGCGGCGGCGAGGGGGUCCUCAUCUUCCUGCCUGGGAUCGGCGAGAUCUCCGAACUCUUCGACGCCCUGUCCGUGCUGGAGAGCUCCGAGCCCGCACUCGGGGGCAAGGGUGGCGCGCGCCAGCAUCGCCAGUCGCACUGCGAGUACAAGAUCUUCGUCCUGCACAGUACGAUACCCAUGGACGAGCAGGAGGCCGCCUUCCACCAGGCGCCCGACAAUGUCUGCCAUGUCUUCCUCGCCUCCAACAUCGCGGAGUCUUCGGUCACGCUUCCGAAGGUGCGGGUGGUCAUCGACUUCUGCCUGCGGCGGAUGCUGACCCACGACCGCACACGCCACGGCCUGAACUGCCUGAUGACGCAGUGGGUCUCCCACGCUUCCGCCUCGCAGCGGUCUGGCCGGGCUGGGCGCGUCUUCCCGGGCGUGGCGAUCCGCCUGGUUCCACGCGCAUUCUACGCCUCGGUCAUGCCGCAGUACGACCCUCCGGAGAUCGAGCAAGCGCCGCUCGAGAAACUCUACCUGCACGUGAAGCAGCUCUCCCACAGGCUGCGCGAGCGCAUGCCGCGCAUCGGCGCGCUGCCGCCGCGCCGGCUCCUGGAGAUGACGGUGCAGCCGCCGCCCUCGGAGAACAUCGAGGAGGCGGUGCAGAUCCUGUGGGAGCCCACGCGCCCCCCCCCGCGAGGAGCGACGAGACCGCGCAGAUCACCAUCCUCGGCUGCCUGGCGCUCUCUCUGCCCCUGGAGCUGCGCCUCUGCCGGCUGGUGCUGUUCGGCGUGCUCUUCGGCUGUGCGGCCGACGCAGUGGUGA